ACCACAGCCUGGCCCUAAGGGGUCGAACUGGCCUGCUUUGGGAAUGGUGACAUUCUCAGCCUUGCCAGGCAUUUUGAACUCUCCCUCCCCAUGGGGUACAGUGAGGAAGUGCUGCUGGAGGAGUGGCUGAGCUUGAAGGCAGCUACCCAGAACCUUCCAUUCUCUGUGCUGUGUAAGAACGCCCUGACUCAGCACUGCCGAUUCCCUCUCCUGAGCAAGCUCCUGGCUGUGGUGGUCAGCGUGCCCAUCUCCACCUCCUGCUGUGAACGAGGAUUCAAGGCCUUGCACAGGAUCAGAACCGAGGAGAGGACCAAGCUCUCCAGUGAGGUGCUCAACACGCUCAUGAUGACAGCUGUGAAUGGCGUGGCAGUGGCUGAGUAUGACCCCCAGCCAGCCAUCCAGCACUGGUACCUGACCUCUUCGGGACGACGCUUCAGCCACAGCUAUGCCUGUGCCCAGGCGCCUGCCCGCUCCCGUGCCAAUACGGGGCUCAGGAAGAAGGAUAUUCCUCUCUAUAAGGAGGAAUCCAUGGUCCAGAAGACAUCCAUCACAUUAUAUGGGGAGCCAUGAGGUUCAGAAGGAUCGCAUACAAACCUGGACCCUAUACCAUCUCAAAAGCCCUGUGGUUCUGAAGAGCAGCCUAGACACAGCUUUUGGGAACCCUUGAUCAUGGAGAGAGACUCUCUGAAGAUCCUAGGCUGUCCUGGUUGGAUACUUCAUGGGCCCAGAAUGUGGGCAGGAACAAAGGGUUGAAGGGGACAAGGCUUUCAAGGUGCCACGGUGACUCUCAGUGCAAAAGCAUGCCCGAGAGGCACUUACCUCAAGUCUGUUUUUUCCAAGGAAUCCUGCCGUGAGAGGGUUCACCCCACACAUUCUGGUGGCAGAGGACUUUCCUGAAGUGGGAGAGUGGGGCUGACGGGAGAGGAGCAGCCCAGCUCUCCGCAUCCCUGGCGUGAAUAGGAGGUUGCCUCUGGGGAAGGCCACUUUGGUGUGGAAAUGACUGUGGUCCAGAGACCUUGGCCUGCUGCAGGAGCCCCAAGGAUUGGCCUUUCUGGACCACUGCAGAGGCUCACGUAGUAGAAUCCAGGAGACCCUACCCCUCAAGGGCUGCCUUUGACACACACCAGCACCUGUAGCCACAGCUCCUGCACAGUGAGACAUGCUCCCUCUGAAGGAACCCCGUGUUCCCUCCCCACCUCUCAACCCUUGGAAGUUUCCUGAGGAGUACACAAGAGGUGGGAGGUGGGAGAUGUGGAAUCCCGGCCAACUUUUCUGCAGAUAAUGUGCCUAUGGUUAAUCCCUUCCUCUUCUGUGCCUCAGUUCACUCCUCAUGUGGUUGUCACAAAGAAUCCAAGCACCUGUUGGCUCCCUGUAGCUAUAGCAGUCGUCAGUGGGAACCUCAAAGUCCUGAGGUUCUAGAGCACUGAGUCUAGAGCACUGAGCUGCUCCUACCUGCUCUUGUCCUUAGUGGUAAAGGCAUCUGCUUUGCCACAGGAGGUAGAAGCACUGUCCACAGGACAGGUACACCCAUCCUUCUGCAGAAUGCCCUGCAGACUGCUUCAAACGCAAGCCCCAGGGCUUGUCAAAUGUGCCUCAUUCUGGACGAGUAGAACCCUACUCCCGACACCAGUUCAGUAGCUGUAUCUUCCCCAGCACCUUUAUGGGUAUCCUCUGGCUUUAAAGCCACCUCCCCUCCCACAGAAGGACCUCCACAUUUUCCCUUCUAUUGUGAAUUCCAGGGCAGCCUGACCUUGCAGGCUCAGUGGUUGCCUGUUUGGUUAGGAUGAUCUGUCUAGGUUCUGUCUUUUAGCUCCAGGUUGGAGAAUUGCCUAAUGGAUGGGCUCCUUGCCUCUGUCUCCUGCUCGUUUUAAAAAGACAGGAGCCUUGCUUGUUGCCUGUCUACUGCAGGCCCUGCUCUGUGUCAUAGGCACACAGCCUCUGACCAUGCCACCCGCCCACUCUUUUCAGCAGGUGCUGCACCCAGCGCUUCAGCACUAGCCAACCCCAUGGCUCUCAGCCUCAGCACUAAGCCUUGGUGUUUUUCCCACUCCAGAACAACCCCCCCCCAUCCAACCUGGGGGCUUGGGGAAAGGGGGCAGGCAGGCCUUUGGCUCCAGGUCAAGGAGGUGGCCGGAGCAGUGUUUUCAGAGUCCAGGGAUUUGCCAGGCCAGGGUUGAAGGAAAGGUCUCCAUCCACAUGGUUCACUUUUUCUAUAACACCUUUCCUUUGACAACCCCUCAGCAAGACGCCAGUCCUGUCAGUGAUGGAGACAUACUCCCUGGAGUGAGGUUUUAGGAGCUGAGGUGGCUACCCUGUCCUCCAUACCACACCCCAAGGUCACCUCCUGAUGUUUUCUUCAGAUAGAACAGGGGUCUCCUUGGAGCAGGGUGUUUCUAGAGUAAGUUUACCCAGAAACAUUGGGUGGCCACCAUGCAAAGAACAGGCUACUAGCCUAGGUCUUUGUCUUACUCAAGUUUUCUGACCUUGAAGAAGAGAAGGUCCUUCCCAGUGCCCCCUUGUUAGCUGAAGACAAAGAAACGAUAUUCUUGCGUAGUCCCUCAAAGGGGACACACGGUGAGCAUGCCCACCUUGCAGCCUUUGCCCAGGCUGCUCCUGUUUGGCUCUUAGGGAUGGCUGCGUUUCUCUGGGAACUCUGGGUUUUGUCUCGGGGGGAAACAAGUGAAAGGGUGUUGUCAGGAAGAGGAGGCACUGCCCAUUUGGUCUCAGCCCUGGCCUUCUUCCUUGCCUUUUCCCACGCUUAACACUCCCACCCCACCCCACCUGUCUGUCUGUCCCUAGGUA